UGGAGUUGAUUUUCACUUGAUUUUAAGUUUUCAACCUAUACAGGGCAGAACCUUAUUUCAGAUUUUUUUCUCCCUGCAAAUCAAAACGGUGCUAAACAUGGACGGAUAUGGAGGGGGGAGCUGGACGAUGAUCCCCAACAUCCAGACUACCAGUAACCCCUCUACACCCUCUAACCAAGACCAUCUCUUUCUCCAACAGCAGCAACAACAACAACAGCAGCAGUUCAAUCAGCAGCAACAGCAGCUGUAUCAGCAGCAGCAGCAGAUGCAGACGCAUACGCCACCGCCUCCGGCUCCGCAGCAGUCACUCGCGUCUCACUUUCAUCUCAUACAGCUGGUGGAGAAUUUAGCGGAUGUAAUCGAGAAUGGGACUCGCGAUCAGCAUUCAGAUGCCCUGGUUAAUGAAUUGAAAAACCAAUUUGACAAGUGCCAACAGCUGCUCAACUCAAUAUCAGCUUCAAUCAGCUCGAAGUCCAUGCAGACAGUUGAGGGACAAAGGCAGAAACUGGCUGAAGCUGAAGAGUUGUCAAAUCAACGAAAGGAACUGAUUUCCAAGUACAAAACCUCAGUUGAAGAGCUGCUCAUCAAGUCCGAACUAUGAAUGGUGUUCACAUUGUUGCUGUGGUUGAGCUACUAUAAUCUGUAAUUAUUGUGAGAAGAUAUGGAGAUGACAUUCAAACUGCAGCUCCAAGGAACUUAAAUUAGCUGUACAAUUUAGUUGUUGAUGUUUCAAACACAUCAGAUAUUAAAUCAAUAGCUUUCUGUACAGGCUUGACAUGCCUCCAGUAUGCACCAUGGGUUUAACACAUAUACUGAAAUGAAUGAGCAUCUGACUAUCUGAUCAUUUCACACGGUUUUGACCGAUUCUCACUAAUGUAAUAUUCAUUUGUCUGGGAAAAAAUCAGCAAUGAUGGC